CGAUGAUGCAACAGACGGAGGAGGAGAAAGAAAGACAGCAAAAGUUAGCACGCGCUAAGGAUCACUUGAAGAAAGCUCAGAAGAAGAAAAAGCAACACAAAUCAACGGAAUCGAGGGAUGUUUCAUCAUUAUUCACUACCACUCCAACUGAGGAGUCACGCUCUCCGCUCUUCUCUCCGCCACCUGAGGACGUUCAGAAAGCUAGCGAAUGGGAUACCUUACAAGCCUCACUAGAGAACGAGGUAGACAAUUCGUCAGAGAGAGAUAACAAGCAGCCGAAUGCUCAAAAUAAUCGUGAAAUCGAACUUGAACAUAGUCUAUCAGCCCAACAGUCCGAAAUAGACAAUCUCAAGAAGCAAAACGAUGACAAUCUGACAAAUCUAAACGAGAAGAAUAACACUAUCGACGCAUUAGAGAAGACGAUCGUUGAGUUAAAGAACAGCUCUACAGACAACCAAGAAUUGACGACAUUGGAGAGGAAAGUGGAUUCGAUACAAGCUGAAUUGAUGUCAAACAGACAAGCACAUGAUGACACUAGAAGCACUCUCACUGAACUUGAACAAGAACGCAAUCAACAGCGAACAGAGAACGAGACAAUCGAGCAUAAGCUCAAAGAGAGCUCUGAACAGCUUCUUAGAAGUAAGUUAGAUUGCAAGAACUCCAGGGAGGAACUUGAAAAGGUUAGACAAGAAAAUACCACGAUUAAAGAGCAGCUUGAGACGUCUACAAAAACCUCAGAGGAGUUGAGAAAUACAAAUGAGCAAUUGAAUGCGCAAUUAGCGGAGCUCAAGGAUGCAAACACAGAAAAACAACGAUUAGAAGAAGAAUUGUCAAAACUUACAAUCGAGAAUAAGACGCUAAUUAGUCGCUUAACCACUCUAGACCGUGAUAAUGCUUCACUUAAGCGUACGAUCGAAGAAAGUCAAGACAACCUAAGUCUAGAUAAAGAAGCAUCAGCUAUUCCUCUCAACACUAACGGUCAAUUUGUUACAGCAGCCGCUCGGUCACUGAUACCAUCAAGUGUAAUGCACAAACGUCGAGAAUCAUUACAAAUGCUCAAAAUUCGUAUGAACAGUCAAGUAAGUUCACCCGAAAUGAGCUCAAUUAAUGAAGAACCAAGAAUGCCGCGUAACCAAUUCAUGACAAACGACGAUCCGUUGUUCUUCUGUGCUGCAUGUGAAACUGAGGAAGAUCAAGAAGGACAGGGUUUGAUAGUAUUGUAGAAACUAAUGAAUAAACAGACUUAAA